UUUGUAGCUAAUAAGAUGCAAUAUUAUAUUUCAGAUUUACUUGGAUCUGUUUUUAUACCAGUAAAAAGCGACAUUAAUGGAAAUAUAGAAAAAUUAUACAAAAUAUACCACAGUAAUGAAGAAAAAUUUCUAGCACUGAGUGACAUCAUUUCUUACGAAAUGAACAAUACAGAUCUCAAAGUAGGGAAAGAUGCUUUGCUAUGGCUUAAAAGGGCCUUAGAGUAUGUUCAUGUCUUUCUCACCUGUCUAGUAAAUGACAGUAAAGAAGAACAGUAUUCUGACAAUCUAGUCCCAUUCUUUAAUAAAGCUUAUGAAGAAAAACUAAAACCAUAUCACGGUUGGUUUGUUCAGAAAAUUUUUGGGGUAAGUUUUUGA